CGUAGCCAAGGUCUCAGCCUCAGCUGCAAGCACCAUUCAAUCAAGAGCCAUGUCUUCAGCAAACCUCGUCGAGUCGGCCAAGAAGCAGGCCGCUUACCAGGCCGUCAAUGAUCACCUUCUUCCCGAGUACAAGUAUGUCGGUAUCGGCUCCGGCAGCACCGUGGUCUACGUCGUCGAGGCCAUUGUCAGCAAGGGGCCCGAGUUUUACGGUGGCAUGACCUUUAUUCCUACCGGAAGUCAGUCCAAGGGCCUCAUCCGUGCUGCUGGCCUGAAGCUGGCCAUCCUUGACGAGAGGCCUACUGUCGAUGGCGUCCCUGUCGCCCUCGAUGUUGCCUUUGACGGCGCCGACGAGGUCGAUGAGGACCUCAACCUUAUCAAGGGUGGUGGUGCUUGUCUGUUCCAAGAGAAGCUCGUGGCCAUUGCGGCCAAGAAGUUCAUUGCCGUGGCUGACUACCGAAAGCAGUCUCCCCGACUGUGCACCACAUGGAAGACCAUCCCCAUCGAGGUCCUCCCUAUGGCUGCCCCUGAUGUCCUGACCCGUCUUCGAGCCAUGGGCUCUCCCAACCCUGUCGUCCGCUCAGGUCUCCCCAGCAAGGCUGGCGAGUGCGUCACUGACAACGGCAUGUGGCUGAUUGACGCCCCGUUCCCUCCUUUGCUCCUUGCCAAGGACAUCACCUCCGAAGUUGACGGUCAAGGAAAGGAUGGUGUCUGGGAGAUCAACGCCCUCGCCCAGGAGUUGGUCCGGUUGCCCGGCAUCGUCGAGAUUGGCCUCUUCCACGGCUUCAACGGUGACGAGGCUGUCAAGCUGGGCAAGCAGUUGCAAGCACAGAAGCCCGUUGCCGCCUAUUUCGGUCUGGCCAAUGGCGAGGUGCAGGUGCAGAAUGCGGCUUAAAUCAAGACAAGAGAAAAGUGUCGAGUUGAGCUCUUGUUUGAAUGGUAGUGAAUACAAUCCUUUAGAUCAGUCGUUGUUUUGACCCUGGCAGCAAACAACACACAGCGUUAUGUGUGGCCAAGAUUCGCCAUCACAGCUGCAGUUCAAAGGCCGAACGUGCCAUUGGCUCUCUAGGUUUUUCUAUGCUGUCGACUCUACAUCUCAAGCUCGUCUUUGCCCGAUAACCUGGACACGACCCAGAGGAAGAUGACGUUCCAUCACAACUUGACUUGUACUCUUGUCUAGCGAUUCAAAAACCUACUUAGUGUGGGCCAGUACCUUCUCCAAGGGUAGAAUGAUAAUGACAUCGUAAUCUUC